AUUCUCAGAUCCUGUUGGUGCCCAGCCCAGACUACAUCCCCAUCUACCAAGGCGCCGGACUGCCCGAUUACAUGAAGAACGAGUUCUUGUACAGCCGCUGCGACGUGCUGCAGUUCCCCUCUCUGAAACAAGAGCUGCCCGAGCAGUGCCAGAGACACACCUUCUCCAUCUCUGCUGUACUGCACAAUGGAGCCCUUGAAUGCAACUGCGACGUCACUGGAUCUCUGAGCCUGGAGUGUAACCCGAGUGGAGGACAGUGCGAGUGCAAACCCAACGUUGUUGGCCGCAGAUGUGACCAGUGUGCUCCAGGGACGUAUGGCUUUGGGCCCAGCGGCUGCAGGCCGUGUGACUGCCAUGAGUUUGGUGCCAGGGACAACUUCUGUGACGAUAGGACCGGUCAGUGUACCUGCAUCCAGAACGUUGGCGGCCGCGCUUGUGACCAGUGUCUCUUUGGCUUCUGGGGCUUCCCUCAGUGCCGUCAGUGCCAGUGCAACGGCAACGCUGAUGUCUGCGACCCUCUUACUGGGGCCUGCAUCAACUGCAGAAACUUCACGUCUGGCAGCUUUUGUGAAAGGUGUGAAGAUGGCUAUUAUGGAGACCCUCGUAUCGGUGCUCGUAUCCCUUGCCGACCAUGCAUGUGCCCCGGAGGCCCAGGCAGCCCCGCCCAGCACGCUGACACCUGCAGCUUCGACCCUCGAUCUCAGCAAGUCUUCUGCAACUGUCGCACUGGAUACACAGGUAAAGGAAAAUGUUCUGGUUAGAAUCUAAAGUUACAU